AUGUUGGGUGCGCUCAGUGCUGCAAGUUUAACUCUUGGUCCGGCGGCGGCAGCAGCAGCAGCAACCGCGCCCGGUUGUUGGUUAAGAUUGUUGGUUAAGAGCUCCUUCACCUCAACUUCCAGGACCGCACCAUCCUUUAGGACAGCCGUUGCUGUAGUGGACUCCGACCAGCUCAGUCCGGAGAAGAAACAAGCCCAAAAGUACCAUUUUGUUGUUGCGAAUGCGAAGUUCAUGCUGGAUGAAGAGGAACACUUCAAGGAGCUCUUGUUUGAGAGGCUUCGGUACAAUGGAGAACACGAUAAAGAACAGGACUUCUGGCUUGUAAUCGAGCCCAAGUUCUUGGAUAAUUUUCCUGACAUUACGAAGAGAUUGCGCAGGCCCGCUGUUGCUCUGGUUUCAACUAACGGCCCUUGGAUUACGUUUAUGAAAUUGAGGUUGGACAGAGUUUUAUCUGACAGCUAUGAAGCUGACAGUCUUGAAGAAGCUUUAGCCUCAAACCCUACAAAGCUGGAGUUUGAGAAGCCAGAAAACUGGGUGGCACCCUACGCAAAAUAUGAAUUUGGAUGGUGGGGGCCCUUCUUGCCAAAUGGACUUAAAGUUUGAAGUAGAGAUUUAAUGUUGUUUUUAGCUGGAAUUAUUUCUAUAACUAAUGAGAGAUUAAUGUUGUUAUCUAUUUUCUUAUGAUUUGGUACUUGGUAGAGACAAUUCGAAUUUUUUUAAUUUCUCGGAUUUAACAGCUACGAAGCUAAUCUCCAGCA